CCUGUAAUUUGUAUUAUUGUUGAUUAUGUAAUUGGAGAUGAUUGAGAAUGGUUUGGGUUGAGGUGGUGGUAGUGGAGAUCAAAGGUGGAGGGUUAGAGGUGUUUUUAAAGGGGGUUGAACAAGACUUACUGCAGGCCUGAAUGUAGCAGAUAAGUGAGAAGAUAAAUCUUAGGUUUGCUGGUUGUUUUUUUUCCUUGAGUGGCUGAUGUGCCAUUGGCUGAGAUGGAGAAGAAGAGGGUGGGAAACUGAGGAUUGUUUGGGUGUUGUUUGCAGUGGCGGUAAAGUUAAAGAAUUCUGUUUUGGACUUAGUAAGUGUAAGGAACAUAAAUGGAGGUAUCAGGUAGGCAGUGAGAUACACAAGUCAGGAUCGCAAGAGAAGUCCCUAAUGGAGCGAUAAUUUGGGAGUCUCCAGCGUAGAGAGCCCUGGGAUUGGAUGAGGUCACCUAGGGAGAAGUCUGGAGACAGCGGGCAAGAUUUGAGGAAUGCCUACAUUCAGAAGUUGGGUAUUCCAUGUUCACUGCUUUCAAAGAGUAAUGCUAAGUCUGCUGAAAGGAGUGAAAGAAAGAUCAGUCCCAUGUCCCACUGUCUGUGGGAAAUCUCUGCUAUAUCUCUGCUGUGGUAUAAGCUGGCUCUCAGCUCUGCGGCUCCUUGAACACUUUGCAUAUACUUCCGUUAUAAUGCUCACAAACGCUGAGCUGUCGAUGAGUUGCCAUGAUGGAAGUCAAAGCGAAACAAAAAUUCACAGGAAAAGGUACAAAGAUGUCACAAGGAAAAAACAGAUUUUAUAAGAACAAUGAUUCUGGUUCUUCAAAGACAUUCCCAAGAAAAGUUGUUAAGGAAGGUGGACCUAAAAUCACAUCUAAGAACUUUCAGAAAAGUGCCACAAAACCAGGGAAAAAAGGUGUGAAACAAUUCAGGAAUAAACAACAAGGGGAUAAAAUACCAAAGAACAAAUUCCAGCAGGCAAAUAAAUUCAACAAGAAGAGAAAAUUCCAGCCGGACAGUAAAAGUGAUGAAUCAGCAGCCAAGAAACCCAAAUGGGAUGAUUUCAAAAAGAAGAAGAAAGAACUGAAGCAAAGCAGACAACUAAGUGAUAGAACCAACUAUGACAUUGUUGUUCGGGCAAAGCAGAUUUGGGAGAUCGUGAGAAGAAAAGACUGUGACAAAGAAAAAAGAGUGAAGUUGAUGAGUGAUUUGCAGAAGUUGAUUCAAGGAAAAAUUAAAACUAUUGCAUUUGCACAUGAUUCAACUCGUGUGAUCCAGUGUUACAUUCAGUUUGGCAAUGAAGAACAGAGAAAACAGGCUUUUGAAGAACUACGAGAUGAUUUGGUUGAAUUAAGUAAAGCUAAAUAUUCCAGAAAUAUUGUUAAGAAAUUUCUCAUGUAUGGGGGUAAACCGCAGAUUGCAGAGAUAAUCAGAAGUUUUAAAGGCCACGUGAGGAAGAUGCUCCGACACGCGGAAGCCUCGGCCAUCGUGGAGUACGCAUACAACGACAAAGCCAUUUUAGAGCAGAGAAACAUGUUGACAGAGGAGCUCUAUGGGAACACAUUUCAGCUUUACAAGUCAGCAGAUCACCCAACUCUGGACAAAGUGUUAAAGGUACAGCCGGAAAAACUGGAGCUUAUCAUGGAUGAAAUGAAACAGAUUCUAACUCCAAUGGCCCAAAAGGAAGCUGUGAUUAAGCACUCAUUGGUGCAUAAAGUGUUCUUGGACUUUUUUACCUAUGCGCCCCCAAAGCUAAGAUCAGAAAUGAUCGAAGCCAUCCGUGAGGCGGUGGUGUACCUGGCACACACACACGAUGGUGCCAGAGUGGCCAUGCACUGCCUGUGGCAUGGAACGCCCAAGGACAGGAAAGUGAUUGUGAAAACUUAUGUUGAAAAGGUGGCUAAUGGCCAAUACUCCCAUUUGGUUUUACUGGCGGCGUUUGAUUGUAUUGAUGAUACUAAGCUUGUGAAGCAGAUAAUCAUAUCUGAAAUUAUUAGUUCCUUGUCUAACAUAUUAAAUGACAAAUAUGGAAGGAAGGUCCUGUUGUACCUACUAAGCCCCCGAGAUCCUGCACAUACAGUACGAGAAAUCAUUGAAGUUCUGCAGAAAGGAGAUGGAAACGCACACAGUAAAAAAGAUACACAGAUCCGGCGCAGAGAGCUCUUAGAAUCCAUCUCCCCAGCUUUGUUAAGCUACCUGCAAGGUCACGCCCAAGAAAUGGUGCUAGAUAAGUCUGCCUGUGUGUUGGUGCCUUGCAUUCUGGGAGCUGCCAUUGGAGACGCUCAACCUGCCAUGAAUGCCGUCGCCAGCUUGGCAGCAGCAGAACUGCAUCCUGGCGGCAAGGAUGGAGAGCUUCACAUUGCAGAACAUCCUGCAGGACACCUUGUUCUGAAGUGGUUAAUAGAACAAGAUAAAAAGAUGAAAGAAAACGGAAGAGAAGGUUGUUUUGCAAAGACACUUGUAGAACAUGUCGGUAUGAAGAACCUGAAGUCGUGGGCUGGUGUAAAUCGAGGUGCCAUCAUUCUUUCUGGCCUUCUCCAGAGUUCUGAUCAAGAAGUUGCAAGCAAAGUCAAAGCUGGACUGAAAAGCCUGAUCCCCACAUUGCAGAAAAACAAAAGCACCAGCAAAGGAGUAGAAAUGCUGCUUGAAAAACUGUCUGUGUAGAUGGACACAAUUACCAAGUUGGAAUCAUUGUUUCUCGUCAGAUCUGUUUUCCCAGAGUGGAGAGAAGGGCUAGGGGUCCACCACACUGGUAAUUUGUGUACUCGGUGUAUGUGCUUCUUUGUAUAUGAAUUUAUUUAUAAAAUGCUUUCUAAAAAUGCCCUUUAAAAAAAA